AGACUGUUAAGCACAGUACAUUUUGGGUGCUUCUGGUGGACAUUUGUCAGUAGGAAAUUCAAAAUUGCGAUUCUCUCACGAUGACAAAGAUCAUUUUAAUUGUUCUAUUCGCUACGGUUUUCGUCGCUGCCAUUUCGGCAGCACCAAUGGAAGAGUACCAACUUCCGGAAGAAACCGAAGAGUUUUCGGACCUGGAAUCGGUGGACGCGGCAGCAGAGCAUCUUCGCUUCCGGCGCGUAACUUGCGAUCUUCUGUCCUUCGGAGGUUUCGUGGCCGAUUCUGCAUGUGCAGCAAAUUGUCUGAGCAUGGGAAAGGCGGGAGGAAAGUGCAAAAGUGGCGUAUGUCAGUGUCGGAAGACCAAAAUCAAGGACCUCUGGGACAAGCGUUUCGGCUAGAGGAUUUCCGGACAGGAUGGCGAGAAGGGGGGAAUCUCACGAGCCUUCCGACCGCUCAAACCAAGCAGACCCACCGAAAAUUUCAUAUUUGAUUUUCAAUGGAAAGCAGGAGUGAAAAUAAAAUGAUGAGAAGCGAGUC